UGUAACGUUUUUUACAUUGUUUCGUUUGAGUAUCAUUCGCCCUCGUCACACUGGGCCCCUCGUGAUGAUUGAGGAAAGACACUCACAAACACGCUGAAACAUGUGGACGGAGGUGAGAAACAGCAACAACAGCUCUCUUCACGAAGAACCACAGGACCACAAUCUCAAACAGAUAGUUUCCCAAGUGUCUUUAUGGCUCCCCUUCAACUCUAAUAGAAAUGGCUCAGUAACUGCCAGUCCACCCCCUCUUGCUGAGACCCCCGUGAACAGACCGAGUGGAAUCGUACCGGGUGCGAUCGCUGCAGCAGUGUUCAUAGGCCUUCUGUUAGCCUUCUAUGCUGUUCUUUGGAAAUGCAUGAUUACGCGACCGAAAAGUGUCUCUGUUAGAAGAAAAAAAAGAACAAGUCUGAAAGCUCGUGAACAGCCGUCUCUUAUGUGCUGACCCCUGGACAGGACGUCCGCCAGUCUACCAGAGAUUCUGAGUUACUGAUCUUAGGUCAGAUCAGAUCUUCUCCUGCUCUUUAUUAGCAUCCUCAUGAACUGUUUAGGUCUUAACACACACUAUUUGAGGAAACAUUUUGAAGUGCUUCUGUUUUGCAGUUCUACAUGGUCCUCAACUAAUCUAUAUAUAUAUCUGCGGUCUUUCAUAAGUCACCCAUCAGGUUCUCAAUCGGUCUGCUUGGCUGAUCACCAGACGUUAUCCAAUUGGACAGGGGGAGUUACAUUGUUACAUUUUGGAAAAUUGUCUUGAUAAUGUGGAACUUAGUCAUUAAACUGAAUAAUUUUGUGUAUAUUAUAUGUAUAUAUAGAAAAUAAUAAGCCCAUAUGUGCUCUUGAGCUACAUAUGAAUAGUGUACUUGACUAUUGUAUAUUUCCAGAGUGUCUCAUGUUGGUUUAGCGAUACUAAGGCACAAGACAAAUGUCCACCAGAUGGCAGAGGACCCUUGUGUUAUUUCACUUGAUGAAACAAGGAAAUCGUCGUACAUAUAUGGUGUAGGUUUAUCUUUAUAGAUAUGUUUAUUUUAUUGCUGAUAGCGCUAUGCUAAUUAAUGCAUCGAAGAUAUAAUAAUUGUUAAGAGACCAGGCCCUUGUUUUCCUCCAAACUUCCCCUUUGACCACAGUGAACUCUGCACCAGUGAAUGAGUACGCGUGCUGAGUUUGAGAGAUUUCCCUUAUUGCAGCAGUAUUGGCAAGCACAGCACAUUUCUGGGUUAAAAGUCUUAGAGUUGCAGAUUGCAAAAAUUUUAUCGCAGGUCCUUUGUUUGCACAAUUGCCGUAGUGUUACUUAUUUUAUUUUUUGUUUUAGUUCCAAUGGUUUUCAUUGUGAAGGUUGGAUUUCCUUUUAUUUUUGAUGAAUGUGUCACAGUAUAAGACUCUGUCGUGUAGUACGCUCUACAAAAAAAAAUAUUUGUAUGGACUAACCACUCGGCGUCAGGCCUUACAAUGUUCUUAAUCACUGUAAACCACUGCUUCAUGGGGAUUAUUGCUUUAUUUAAUAACAGGCUUAACCAUUUUAAUACUUGCUAGAUAGCAUUCAUGUGAGAAAAGGCAAUAUUACAGUAUAGUUUAUUAUCUAAUUCAUAUCAUUUCCUAACCGACAUACAACUAUUUUCAUUUAAUGUGUCAUUCGACAGUGUUCGAGAGUAUUACAAUCAUGUUUUUAAAUAUUUACUCUGUAAUAAAUAUCCUUUUGAAUUGAAAAAAUUGUUUCCUUAAUUGCCUCUGAAAUAAAAUAUUGUCAUUAAAGUGCUUAUAGUUAGUUUAACAGUAAGGGUUAACUUUGAAUGCAAAGUUAAUCUAUUGAACAUUCAAUGAAUUUUUGCAGAAUGUAGAAAUACACACAGUGCAUUUAAUAUUACUACAGUAAUGCUUAUAAUACAAGAGCUGACACUCUUUAAACUGGAGUGUUAUUUGAGCUACAUUUUCCUCCUUUCAGAGUUUAGU